CCACCCAGACUAAAACGACAAGCCCACCGCUCUGAAGCCUCCGAAUCACAUUAUAACUGUGACAACUGUUUUUUUGCUCAUAUAAAAUGACCAUUUCUUCACUUCAAUUUUCGAUCGAAAUCUGGUUCCACAAGGUAUGAAGAACCUUCCUUCUACGUUGAUUCUUCUCUCCGUCCUCUUUCUCCCUCUUACCUUCUCCCACCUCCACGGAUUCGUCCGCCUCGCCGAGGCCGGGAAGCGGCGGAUCGAGAUCUCCGACGACCUAGACGACGUCGUCGACGAUGAGGAGGACGACACCUGGAAGGAGUGGGGGAAGAAACCCUCGCCUAAGACUGAAGAGUUCGAUCCGCCUCCGAAUAUCUCCAAUAUGGCUCCCGACCAGAUCCAGGCUGAAAUGGCGAAGCGCACUUUUGGACCUGUCUUUGGCUUCGUCAAGCUCCGGUUUGGCGUUCGCCAUACCAAGGAAAUGUUGCUUGAAACUGCCAUGAAGUGGAACAAAGUGUUGAAGACUGGAGGGUUGGAGGUCAAAUUCACUGGUGUUGACCUGAACACAAUCAUGUUCAAACUGCAAAGCGGGAAGGACGCUUUGGAGUUGAAGGAUUUCAUCCUGACUCAACCAGAGGCUUACGAGGUUAAGAUAGGGGAACAAGCAUUCAGAAGACCUGGAGAUCCUCCUCUUGAUGAAGUCCUUGCGAAAUUUGAGGCCGAGAAGAAGAAGGACAAUGGUGAUGAUAGAUCUGAGGUUGAUGAGAAUGUUAAGGACGAGUUAUAGUUCUUACUUCUUAGGAGGAUUGUCGUUUUAGCUCUUUCACAUCUAAUCCAACAAGUUUUGAUUCAAUGUAGUUUCUUCGUCUACAGUC